ACUGAGAGGCUGAAGUGAUAGAACAGACGUCUGGGAGUUAUUUAGGGAGACUGUUGGGUCGGGAAUAGUCAGCGCUGAGCAGGGAGCAGAGAUCUGAGAGAGGGAAGGGCACAGGCUGUAGGGACCGGGUGAAUCGUCUGUAGGGGGCAUUUAGUAAGGGUGAUAUUGGGGGUAUAUUAUAUAUACAAGCCUGGGGUUGGGAAUAUAUAGGAAAUACUUCGUUAUAGGGAGGUUUAGUGGGAGUUGGGGCAAGUUGUACAGGGAGCUGUGUAUGGCACUUUGUAUCAGGGCAGUGAGUAUAUGGCAGUUGCAUGAGGGCAGCACAUAGGUGGCACUGGGAGUAGGGCCAGUGUAAAGGGAAGUUACUUUAGAGGGGGUUGGGGUAAUAAGUGCAGGGGACAGAGCCCCCAACAGUCCCUUUAGUGAUCAGCAGCCCAGGAUUAUGGUGAUUUGUCACUGAUUGUCUCCAGCCCAGAGGAACCUCAGGAUGGGAAUGUGUUACAGCCUCAGAGCCAGACUGAUAGGAACCCACCACCCCAUCACCUACCCCAGUGGCACAUCGUGUGCUUUAGGGGGCGAUGAAACUGUCGAUCCAAAUUGCCCCAGGGUGCAGGCUGAGAUAAGAGCCAAACUAAAGGCGGAUAUCAAGAGGAGCAGAAGUAUUGACAAGACCCUCAAAGCAGAGAAGAGAGAAUAUAAACAAAUCCACAGGCUCCUCCUCCUCGGUGCUGGAGAGUCUGGUAAAAGCACAAUUGUGAAGCAGAUGCGGAUCCUGCACGUGAAUGGAUUCAAUGCAGAGGAGAAGAAAAUCAAAGUGCAAGAUAUAAAGAAUAAUAUUAAGGAAGCUAUAGAGACAAUAGUUACGGCAAUGGGCAACCUCUCUCCCCCGGUGGAGCUAGUGAAUCCAGAAAACCAGUUCCGAAUUGACUACAUCCUCAACCUACCCAAUUACAAAGACUUUGAAUUCUCACCAGUAAGUGCCAGCGGCACCCUGAAUGUACUGGACCUGUGCAGGGCUGUUAUACAGGAGUUCUAUGAACACACAAAAACGCUCUGGCAGGACGAGGGGGUGAGGGCGUGCUACGAGCGAUCCAACGAGUACCAGCUGAUUGACUGCGCACAGUAUUUUCUAGACAAAAUUGACAUUGUGAAACAGAACGACUACACGCCUAGUGAUCAGGACUUGCUGCGAUGCAGAGUUCUCACGUCGGGAAUAUUCGAAACCAAGUUUCAGGUGGACAAAGUCAAUUUCCACAUGUUCGAUGUUGGAGGCCAGCGAGAUGAGCGCAGGAAGUGGAUCCAGUGCUUUAACGAUGUCACAGCUAUAAUCUUCGUUGUAGCCAGCAGCAGCUACAACAUGGUGAUCCGGGAGGACAAUCACACCAACAGACUCCAGGAAGCAUUAAACCUCUUCAAGAGUAUCUGGAACAAUAGGUGGCUACGGACCAUUUCAGUCAUUCUCUUCCUCAAUAAACAAGAUCUGCUCGCUGAAAAGGUUAAUGCUGGGAAAUCUAAAAUAGAGGACUACUUCCCUGAGUUUGCCCGAUACACCACCCCAGAUGAUGCAACUCCAGAAGUCGGCGAGGAUCCUCGAGUCACAAGGGCCAAGUAUUUUAUUAGAGAUGAGUUUCUUAGAAUCAGCACAGCGAGUGGGGACGGCCGCCAUUAUUGCUACCCUCAUUUCACAUGUGCAGUGGAUACAGAAAACAUCCGAAGGGUUUUUAAUGAUUGUCGGGACAUUAUCCAAAGGAUGCACCUGCGCCAAUAUGAGCUGUUGUGAUGGAGAGCACUUUUUGUUUUUGGUUCCCCCCCCCCUCCUUGUGUUCCGGACUACAAAUUCCUCAUUUAAAGAAAAAAACCUAAAUAAAAAGAAAAAAAAUUAACAAAACAAGAAAAAAAUCCAACAAAAAAGUAUCUAAAAAAUGGAAAAUAUAUAUUAUAUAUAUUCGGGAGAAACAGUCACCCAACUUUGGGGUUUGGGGGGGGGAUACUGGGUGCAGCCUCACACGCUCUCUCUCUCUCCAGUUAGCGGCCCUUUUGCUUCUCUCUCUCUCUCCUUGCUGCCGGACAAUUGCCAAACUGUCAGCUUGCUUCCCCUCACCCACCACCCUUCGAAUAAAUCAAAAAUGCGUGGGCUAGCACCAAAUCCAGCCAUGAGUUUCCCUUUAAAACGCCAGCCAGAAGAUAAGUGUGAUGUGAAGGAUUGUUGGUGCCCUGCUGUGCCAGGAAGAGGGUGUUGUGAGCAUUAGGGGGUAGGAGGCAAGUCUCAUUUCUUACUAUUAUUCUUCCGUCCCGUUAUUGGUAACAGCAUGGGCAGAAAUCAAGCCCUUCCCCAUUUUAUCCAUUUCAUAUCCAAUCACCAAAGGUAUCGGAUCCAUCGUUGAGCGAGCGGCUAAGAAGCUCCGACACAAAACUGUCAGACUGUAGGGCGUCUUAUGGUAUUUACAGAACGAUGGGAGGAGCCAACGGCAGUAUGGAGGCACACGGGUGCCAUUUUUUUUUAAACAAUAAAUACUUGGAUAUGAAUUCCAGCAUAUCAACGUAUUUAUUUCUAUAGGUCUCGGACGUUUGCCUAUAAUCUGAGUUCUCCACAGUUUUUUUUUUUUUUUUUUUUAAUUCCUAUUGGUCCUUAGACGCCGACCUUGUGUGAUUUAUUUCAAUCAUGUGCAUAAUAAUGUUAUUAUACCUCUCGCCUCACAGAUCUGAUCACUCCUCUUUCUUAUAACAACCUUCACUUUUUUGGCUUUUGGUUUUUUUUUUGUUCCCCCCCCUCCCCAUUUUGUUUUUAUUUUACUGCUGGGUUAUUAUUCUUGUACAGACUGUAAAAUGUAUUAUUUUGUACAACUUUAUUGAAAAAAACUUGUAGAAGAUCUUUGUGCCUUGAUUUCAGCUUUGCCCUGUACAAUGAGCUAAGAUGUAAGUAUGUCUAAUUUCUCUGUACAGCAUUGUCAUUCUGCCUCCUGCGUUCGCUCACCACGGGGGCAAAUUUAUCUGUAGUUAAUAGGGAUUUUUUUUUUCUUCUGGUUUACAAAAGGAAAAGGCUGUUUAGUUAAAAAAGAAAAAAAAUCAAAAAUGUACAAAUGUUGCAACCUUAACCACUUUUAAAGUGAGGUAUUCAUGAAGUGACCCAAUGUGGCUUCAUCGUGCUUUUUAAUUUUUAGCUUUAACUCAUUUAAAUAUCUAUCCAAAUGCAAAAACAUGGCUUGUUUCUACAUAAACCAAAUUUUGCUACAAA